AUGAUAUUCGGCAGCAUAUACAUCGUCUAUAUAUUAGUCUAUGAUUUAACAAUUGAAGAUUGUCCAGAUGAGUUCCAAAUUCUGGCUGAUCUUUGUUCAUUCUCCAAUGAUUCAAUUUUUCAAAGCAUAAAAGAAUUUGGUACUGAUCCGUUUAUCACUGUUCAACUUCUUCCAGAAGAUGAAGUUCAAUCUGAAGUAAACACGGCAAUUGAACUUAUUCGGGAGAACUUACAUGUUCAAGUCACCUCAAUCAUACAGUUUUUAAAAAUCACAACUCAAUCAAACAAUUUAGUUACUGCUAUCAAUACAGUAUACACCGUAUAUAUCUUUCCAGCGGACGAGGAUAUAGUAAGUGGUCUCAACAUCCGAACUGCUGAUGGCGUUGGAACCUGUGCGACAGAUAGUAUUAUAAAUCCAGCUGGUUUUUAUUCAAUUUCCUAUCUAAACUUUUGGGAUAGUAAUAUUAAUAAUAAUUAUAUUGAUUCACCUAGUAAGCUGAUUGAUGCGUUAAAUGCUUCCGCAAAUGUCAGUGGAUUCUUUCAAGGAUGUUAUCCACUCGUCGCUCUUCUUGAAAGUACACUCGAUUGUCUGUACAGUGACAGUUGUUUGGAAGUAUUGCCCACCUAUUUUCCAGCUCUCAAUCAAGUGAAUUUUAGUUCUUUACUACGUUCAAAUGGAACAAACAUUUCUGUCAAUGAUCGUUUAUCAAAUCUCUUUGUAAACGAAUGGUUAACAAAGAUCAAUUAUUCAAUAUAUUUUACUGAGUGUGCUGCCUCAGUCUGCACAUAUACGAAAACAGAUUGGACCAGUGUUUCAUAUACAAUUGGUCUUUUAAUUAGUUUAUACGGUAGUCUUAUCAUCGUGCUACGUUUCAUAUCAACUACAGUCGUUAAUAUCGCAUCAAAAAUAGAAUUUCGUUUAACAAACAUUCCCAUUAAUUUUGCAUAUUUUAUGAUACGUAUGCGUAAAUCUGGUGUAUGGAUAAAACAACUGAAUUUGUUCAGAUUAACCAAUGAACGAACAGAAAAUGAUCUCAAAAAACAGCGAAUAAUAACACGCAUGUAUUUGGUCUUACUUGUUGAUUCAAUUUAUAAUCAAUUCAUUCAGUCAACAGUCGUCGAUUAUCGCAAUCUCGUUGAUCUUGUACAAAUUGUCACUGAAGUUGAUCAAUUUUACGCGACAUCAUCAGGUACUUAUCAAGUGGAAGGUUCCAUAAUCAAUGAAACGAAUGGCCAACAAUCAGUUCAGAUUGCAUUUCGUUUGGAUGGUCCAUCAAAUGUCGAUGUAACAAACUCUCAAUGUAUUUGUGCUACUAAUAUCAAUUGCGUACAAUCAGAGAAAUUAUAUGAAUAUCGUUUUGGAUAUAGUUUUACGAGGGAAACUCCAGUCUAUACAGGACCAGGUCUUGUUUAUGAUUGUUUCGCGUUCAACUCUAUUCUUUCUUCGACACUCGAAUGUUUCUAUUCGGACUCGGAUUGCCUGUCAAUGUUGCUCUAUUACACAAGUUAUGAUACAACCCUGACAUCGGUGAUGGCUAGUGUUCCUCCUCUAAUUUAUGACCAAGCAUCGAGCCAUUUUCCGCCAAAGACUACAUUAUCAUUGGUAAUUGAAGAUCUAAUGGUCGAGCAGUGGAAUUUUGUACUUUCGUAUGAGUUCUAUUGGAAAGCAUGUGCACCAACCUCUUGUAGUUAUACUGUUACAGCAUAUAAAAAUAAUUUCACUGGGAUAUUACUUAUAAUGAUAUCUAUGAUUGGUGGUCUUUCGGCUGCACUACGAAUAAUUACGCCUUUACUUAUCAACUUUUUACAUGGUUUAUUUACACGAAAGCCUAAGAGACAACAACAACAACAACAACAACAAGUUCGUCCGAAACUGUUCAAUCGAAUACAAGGAGUAUUAUCAAAAAUACGUACACUUAUAUACACUAAAUUAAUCGAUCUGAAUAUGUUUUCUUUAUGGGCUUUUGGAAGUGAUACUAAUCGAAUAACAGCAAAACGUCUUGGUCAACUGGCUACACGUCUUUACAUUCUUCUACUUCUUAUUAGUUUCGCUAUCAUUGCUUUGUAUACUAUCGUUCAACCUCAACUUCGAACGAAGACAUUUGACAAUCCAUCCUUCGGUAUCUACAAUAAACUUGUACAAGACCACCGAACUACACUUCAAUGUCAAUGUUCAUCAAUUUCAUCAACAUAUGAUCAUUAUGUGCAAAUUAUACCUGUAUUUCAUCAAGUUUGUUCAAGUACAUUUGCUUCGAAUGAAUGGCGUGAAAAUCUUUUAGCUGGUCUUGUUCCUGAUUUAUCUAUCUAUAAUACAACAGAUUAUCGCCGUUUCCUUUUAGCUCAUUUACAUUUUCUUAAUGGUUUGUGUCAAAUAUCUAUUCAAACAGUAAAUAAUUCUGUUAGUCAAUUUCUUUCUUCUACAUUGAGCAAUACUCAACUUAUAUCAGAAGCAUUGUUCAAUCUCCAAAUCAAUUCAUUGAUCGAACAGAGCCAAUUGGAUGCUCCCACAGCAUUCAAUCGUAUUCUAUCUUUACUUCGUACCAUAAACCAUGGAAAUGCGAUCGUAUCAACUUAUGGAACCAAUUUUGAAUAUACAGCUUUACUUAGCCUAACGACCUUUAACUCUGGACUUGCCCAAGCCGUGAUUUAUGAUAAUAAUUGUUCUUGUGGAUUGAAUGCAACCUGUACAACUCAAGCUAACUUCAUGUCUAACGAUUCAUCUGAAAUUAUUCCAGUCAAAGGCUUAAAAAUGGGCUGUACACCAAGUGAAUCGUUUCUUGCUUCAACUCUCGAAUGUUUUUAUGACUCUUCAUGCAUUAAUCUUAUUCAAGAACAGACAAACUACAGCAAUUCUAUUAAUACUACUAUUCCUCUUUCUUCAAAUAAUAGUCAUUUCUUAAUUAAUACAACUGUUAGAGAUCUUGUCAAUGUUCUUUUCGUUGAAGAUUGGUCUACAAAAAUCAAUUAUUCAUUAUACUUUGAACAAUGUUCACCUUCGAUGUGUUCAUAUACUUACAUCCAACAGUUUAACUUAAUUUACACAAUAACCUUUCUAAUUAGUAUCUAUGGUGGUCUUACAAUUGCUCUCAAGUGGAUCUGUCCCUGGAUAGUUCGUCUUGGAGCUAAUAUGAAACAGUAUCGAAAGAAGAAAUCCAACACAGUUCAACCUAUAAAUACUAUUGACACAAUAUCUUGCUAUGAAAACGUUCAACAUACCACUGUAAAUUCAGAAUUAGUACCAGCAAAUACAACAACUGAAACUCGAUGGUUUUCAUCAUUACUGCGCAACUACAAAUCUAUCUUUUGGUUUAUAAUACUCAUGAUUAUGGUAGUGAUCAUCAUUAUUGUGUCCACUUUUUAUUUCACUCGACAAGGAAACAACCAAGUUGUAUCAACAGGAUCAUCAAUGAACGAAACAAACUUUCCACAUAUGAUUGUAACAACCACUAGUGGCAAAAGCACGACGAGUUCAGUAACAACAUUACCUACUUCAACAGUAUCAACUUGUCAAUUGAUGUUCAAUGAACCAAUUUCUUUAAACAUAACAAGUUCGUCCGUUUACGAUUUUUACAAGUUUUACGAUUUCGCUACAGCCAUUGUCAAUGAUUUCAAUGGCGAUGGUUUAUUAGAUUUUGUGGCCACAUAUGUUUCUUUAUUUGGUGACACAAAUCUAUAUGUGUUUCUUGGAAAGGGAGACGGAACCUUCACAGAAAAAAUAACGUCUCCAACGGGCAUAAACAAUGGUGAUGUUCCAGCAAUUCUUGCUGCCGCUGAUUUUAAUAAUGACGGUCAUCAGGAUCUCGCUGGUAUGAAUUAUUAUAGCGGCAGCGUAGGUAUCCUAUUUGGAGUUAGUAAUGGAACUUUUGAAACAAUGCAACUAUUGACAAGUAAUAGUCAGUAUUUGUAUGUAUUCUAUUUUAAGCAUCCCUGGUUAACUACAAGCGAUUUGAACGGUGACAGUUAUAUAGAUAUCGUCUUUAUCGACGUUACAAGUUGUAGUAUAGGUUUAUUUUUUGGAUAUGGAAAUGGAACUUUUACAACUCAAAUAACAUUGCCUGUAAUAGAUGAUUUUUGUUUAUCAUCGGCUGCUGUCGCUGAUUUCGAUGGUGACGGUAAACAGGACAUCGCUGUCACUCUAAAUCAUGAGUUUUACGUGUCGGUGAUGCUUGGAUAUAAUAUUGGAAGUUUCAAAGAGCCAAUAAUCUUGUCAACAGGAGAUUCCAGUUAUCCAACAUCAACCAUCGCAAAUGACUUCAAUGGUGAUAGAUAUUUGGACAUUGUCGUUGCGAACACAGGCGAUUACAAUAUUGGUGUAUUUCUUGGAAAUGGGGAUGGAAGUUUUAGAGCACAAAUGAUAUUUAAAAUAAAAACUCUUUAUCCACCAUACUCAAUCACCGCCGUUGAUUUCAACGGUGAUGGUCAACUGGAUAUUACUAUCGCUAUUUUUCCAGAUGCUGUACGUUAUGGUUUAUAUCCUGCAGUAAAUUUUGUAUAUGUGAUGCUUGAAUAUGACAACGGAAGUUUUGGAGAAUCAAUUCAAGUUUCAACCUGGACUUCGAAUCCAGCUUAUAUUGGUAUCGGUGAUUUUAAUGGUGAUGGUGGAUUCGAUUUAAUCCUUCUCGGACAAUCUCAAGGCAAUAACACUAUACUAUUAAACACAAGUCCUUGUUCUAUACGUAACUCUUCAAGUCAAUUAUAUUCAUCUACUACUAAAUUUCCGUAA